AUGGGUCCAGGGCAGCGCUGGAUUGAGCGUGGUGCAGCUGGGCAAUCUUCUGUGCGACGAGAGUGGUGCUGCUGUGUCUGCAGCGCGGCAUUUGUGCGCCUCGGUGACUGGCGCGCGCUCUCACCGAUGAGGACAGAAAAUGUGCGCAGACGAGCGAACAGAGCAGACACGUCUCAGCCGCAGCCAUUGAGGGCGGGCGGCCAGUCUGUUUGGGGCAGCGCACACAUGCAGCACAUGGAUAGGUCGAUCUGCUCGUUACGCAGACGGCAGGGUGCACCGCGCAUCAACAAGUGGGUAAAGGUCUCCCGCUGCGCUCCACCCGAGGGAGAGGCUUGCCGCAUCCCCCAAAUUUCCCCAUGUGUCGUGCUGCUGCUAACCUGCGCCUGCGCCCAGCCUUUUUGCAAAGGGAUCGCUUGUGACUUCUUAUCCGACCUCUGCGUCCUGUCCUCGGUCGUGUUUGUGGUGUUCUGGUGUUUCCUGUGUCGCCCGUCACAAUCGCCAUCGCCAUCGCCGUCGCCCGCGGACAUAUCGCCCAUCGCUCCUGCCCCGUUUGUCUGUCUCUGCCUGCCUGCCUAAAUAUUCCGCGCUGCGUGCGCUGCCCAGGAGCUGCCCUGCGAACACCCCCCGCCUGUCAGCACCUCUCCAGGACUCACGCCUAACAACGGUACCUGUUCCUCGACCUUCCUCAUUCAACCCCCCCUCCGUCACCCUGCCGCCUUGUCAUCGCCCCAUCGUCCUCCUCCCUCGUCGCAUCUUCGCUGCGUGCGCAA